AACAACAUUCCUCACUAUCGGCGUUUGGCAUCUCGUUUUUUCCAGUACAAAUAUGUGAGACAGAACAAUAACAUCGAACGCCCCUGGUGAGUUUACAGAAGAAGUGACAUACGGGCUGUCAGUAACAAAGAUGAAGUGCGCGCGCUUCCAAUAGGCCAUUUUGUCACAAAAUUAACCUUUUGUUAUGAUGUAUCCAAAUGAAUAUUAUGGCAUUUAUUACAGUAUUGAAUAUUUUUUCUAGUGUUUAGAGACAGUUUGUGGACUUAAGAGUGAAAGUGCCAUAUUGCGUAGUCGGCAGUUCAGUGCAGUUUAAAGCCCUGAACGCGUACUGGAGUUUACCGCCGGAUGUUCGAUGCAGUCAUCUUGCAAACGCCUUUGCUCGCCCUAAAUCUCUACGUUUCCUCCAUGUAAUAGACUUUGCUUAAGCAUAAACUGCUCCUGGAUAACCGUACUGGUAGUUCAUUAUGAACGAACCAGAAGAAGUUGCUCAGGACGUCUGGUCCGCCUGGAUUUUGGACGCUAUCAGAAAAAUUCGUACACAAAAACAACGUCCCAGCGUUGAACGAAUAUGCCAUGCUAUCAGAUUGCACCAUAAUUACCACGAAGAUGUCAUAGCUGAACAUUUGGAAGUUGCGGUGAAAGAUGGUGUAGUGUUGAAAGUGUUUAACAAAGGACAAAGUUCGUAUAAAGAUCCUGGUGGCCUACAACAAAAUCGCACCCUUAAACUGCAGAAAGGAAUUGAUUUAAGUAAAGUGGUAACCAAAGCAGUGCGAGAACUGGGUGAAAGAGAUGGAUCUAGUUUGAAAGCAAUAGAAAAAUACAUUCAGCAAUCACACACGAUAGUAGAGGCUGCAGAGGCUGAUUUACCCACUCUGGUUAGGUUGGGAGCUAAAAGAGCUGCUGCACGACAAUUCGUGAUUCCAAAUGGAAAAAACUACAAAUAUAAUUACAGUCUACAAGGGUCCUCCAAUAAACGGCGAGCAGAUACAGUGAGAAAAACGCAUACAAAUGAAGAAGCAGAUAAUGUUGCUCGGGCCCCCACAGCAUUACCAAUUUGCUCAGAAUGUCUGGGUACGGAAGCCAAAAACAAAAAAGGAGUUCCUGAAAAAUUAAGUGCCUGCUCCGAGUGUGGAUCUUUAAUUCACUUCAGCUGCACAACUUCAGGAACUGUCCUGUCAGCUUGCAUAGCCAAAGGAGGAAAAUGGUUUUGCGAAGAAUGCAAAAUUUGUGAUGGCUGUGGUAACAGUGGAGUUUCAAUGUGCUUAUUAUGUUGCUGUAAUUGUGAUCGAAAGUACCAUAUGAGCUGUUUGGAUCCUCCAGCAGAAAAAAAGCCAAAGUGUCCUUGGAGAUGCAGUCAUUGCUUAAAUCAUCAUGAGAGCGUUGGCAAGGCUCAGAAAAAACAGCCGGGUAGUGCAAUAAAGAAGAAAAUCGACAGGGUUAGAGAGAAAAACAAGGAAUCAAUAUCAGCAAAAUCGAAAGAUGAUAUAGCUGAGCUAUCCUCCUCCCCGAGUCGCCCAUCCUCCAUAAAUAGUCCACAGUUUAGAGCGCCAGGGAAAAAAGGAAAAGCAGCGUCUUCAACAACGACUACCGAUGAUGAACAGGGAAGCAUUCAGGGUACGCAAAAUCCUAAUACGACUCCUUCCCAUAAUCUAAGGCCCCCAUUACAUACCCGCAAUUCCAUACACGUUUCAUCCUCUGACUCUGCCAGCUUAGACAGCCCGGAAAAAAUAUCUAAGGAAAAGCAAAGUUUUUUUAAACAUUCGGCAUUUAACAUCGAGAAAAAAAGUAGUAGGUUGAGAGAGAAAACGGCCAUAAAAUCUACAAUAAUCGAGGAGGCUGGAAAAAGGAAAACUAGGAGAGAAGCAGAUAAUCACGACGAACAAUCUGCUAAGAAAACAAUAGCCAACACUCACGAAUCAUCUAAAAGGUCUUUAAGGAACGGCAAAUUGACGCCAACUGUAAGUGUUCCCGCAAGUAAUAAAAGAAGUGUGCAUCCGCCAGCUACUUCGUCUAAAAAGGUUGUUUUAAGAAGGAGCGAACGGAAUGAGGCGCGGAGAAAAGAAAAGCUCUCAACGGACGAGGAAGAAGACGAAGAAAGUUAUAGUGAAUCAUCAUCUAGCGAGGAAGAGGAAUGUUCCAGUUCAUCAUGCGACUCAGAUUCUGCGACUUCUGAUUCUUCAGUUGAAAAGACAAACUCGAACUCAAAGAUUCGAAUGCAGAAAGUUGUGCUAUCCCCUCGCAAUUUCGUUGAGAAAGGUAAGACGUUUGGUAGUAUUGGUGGUAUGAAUGAGGACAAGAAUGCACCUUGGGGGUUCGCAGCUGCAGCUCAGGCAGUAGAAAGUAGCAAAGUCGAAAAUAAGAAAGCUAAGGUUGAUGGAAGAAAAGAGACAAAAAACUUGUUUACUACUCCUUCGGAAAAUGUUAGUUUAUUUGAUAAUAAUCCCAAUGCUAAACAAUUCGAGGAUAAAAAGACAAAUCACGGCUUGGGACAACUGAAAGGUCUAUUUGAUGGUCUGUCGCACUUUUUUGCCGCACCCACGCCUAGUCGCGUGAGCAGAUCGCAACCUAAUUAUAAUCCGAAUAAAAGGAAACCAAAAGAUGAUCGGUCAGCGAAAGAGGAUCAGAUUCAAGUCGAAAAGGAAGAACGGAAAAAGUUCCCGAGUCCCACUCUCCCGCCUCAUCCUCCCUCCUCUCCAGCCUUGUCACCUAGCGACCUGGUUAAAUCGGCAGUAAACUCUCAAGAAUUGAUGACGGAACAAGUUAAAUCUCUCAAAACUGAAGAGGUGAAGACCGCUGCGACGGUGUGUGAAAAGCUCUUGUCAACGCCGGUCAAAAAGCGCAGUCAGCAAGCGCCCAAGACGUUAGCCGUUGCGGCAUCUGCAGUCACCAAUCAGACGGAUGACAUCAAACCUUUACAACUCCCACCAGGGUGCAAUCACAAAGAUUUAGAACUCUUCAAGGARGCACGGGAGAAAGCAAACGCRCAAACKGCAGCCCUUUUGGAAGCUGACGAACGGGCCAACCAGUCUAUGAUGUUAUCCUCUCCRUCCAAGUUAAUGCAGCAACAGCCGAGAAAUCCUGGAGCAAUCGAAUUUGGAAAGUACGAGAUCCAAACGUGGUAUUCGAGCCCGUUUCCGCAGGAGUACGCUCGCCUUCCCAAACUAUUUCUUUGUGAGUUUUGCUUGAAGUAUACGAAGAGCAAAGCUGUUUUAAAGAGACAUCAAGACAAGUGCACUUGGAGACAUCCACCGGCAACUGAAAUAUACAGAUGUGGCGACAUAUCCGUCUUUGAAGUUGAUGGUAAUGUGAAUAAGAUCUAUUGCCAGAAUCUUUGCCUAUUGGCGAAACUGUUUUUGGACCAUAAAACUUUAUAUUACGAUGUGGAACCGUUUCUAUUUUACGUACUGACAAAGAACGAUAAGAAGGGAUGUCAUCUGGUGGGAUAUUUCUCAAAGGAAAAACACUGUGUACAGAAAUACAAUGUCAGCUGUAUCAUGACCAUGCCUCAGUAUCAACGACAAGGGUUUGGACGGUUUUUGAUUGAUUUCAGCUACCUACUAUCCCGGGAAGAAGGACAACCAGGCACACCAGAAAAACCUCUGUCAGAUCUAGGAAGAGUUUCCUACAAUUCGUACUGGCAAUCAAUAGUUUUAGAAUACUUGAACGAUCACAGAACAGAAAAGUUAGAGUUAACCGCGAUCAGCAAGAACACAGGCAUGUAUUGUCAAGAUGUUGCUUUAGCUUUUGAACUUCUGGGAUUUGUUAAAUGCGCGCCAGCGACGGACAACGGGAUGAAAGUCGAAAUAUGUGUGAACUGGGACAAAGUUGACAAGUAUGCAGAGAGAGUGUCGAAGUCAAAAACGAGAAUUCAUAUUGAUAUGGAAUGUCUCAGGUGGAAACCAUUGCUUUCUAACGCUGCCAGUCAAUUUAGAGAGGAAAAGUCGGAUGGAGAGGCAAAUAAAAGUGGUGCAGAAACGUCCGCAAACAUAGUAACAGCACCGGAGACAAUUAUAAUAGAAAAUACACAAGGCGUGAAACUGAAAAAAGGGAAAAAACGAAAGGUCGUUUCGUCAAUGCCCCGGAUAUCUAAAAUACCCAAAACAGAAGUACCAAAGUCAUUAAGUACCUCGUCGGAUACACAUAAUGAGGCGCCGCUUGCGUCGGAAGAGUUUGAAAUCACUUCCUCUGGAAGGAAAAGAACUAGGCCUCUAAAGUUCAACGAAACAACAUACGCUGAUGUGAAGCCCAACAAAUCAACCGCAAACACAGAUAAUAAACGCAAGAGGCCCGAAUGUGACAACGAAAAAGAAAGCAUUUCUAAAAAGUUGAAAUCUGAAAAGAUGGAAAAUGAUAUAGUUCUAAAUGAAGGUAAUCUUUCAAAAGUAUCCAACAGUAAAAACGCUUCUGCAGAGGAAUCUUCAGUGUCGAAAUUAGAAAAUCCAAUAAGUUCAGGUACAGUGCGAUCAACCAGAAAUACUCCCCAGGUUAAGGAUAAAGUAACAGGCGAAAGAUGGUCCCAACGCAGGGCUAAAAAGCAGAAAGAAUUGGAUCAACAUCAAAAGAAACACGAAACGCUUCAACAGUCGGAUCAGGAAGAAAUUAACCCUACCGUGGACCAACUUUCGAGUGAAUCCGUUGACCAAACUAAUAAGGAAGAAAUAAGCAGUAAACCAGAAGUUUCAGCUAAUAUCAGUGCAUCAGUGAAAUCAGUUCCAACAUUGUUGGGAACCCCACAGCUAAAGAGGAAAAGGAUAAUAAAGAAGCGCAGGCCGUGGAAUAAGAGCAGAAGAUCGAACGUCGAGCUAUCGAAUAACCAACCAACAAUCCCCCAAUUAUUAAAAACCAAACAAUUGCACAAGGACAGUGAAAGUGAUUCUGUGGUUUCUGAAAAAUCUGAUGACGAACAGUUUGGUGACACGAAAAAAGAAAAUGUUUCGGCAAUUUCCGGGACAGGUGUAAUGGAAACAAUAGAAAAAAAGAAACCAAAGAAAGCGUCAAGAAUAUCGACGGACGAAGACUCGAGUGCAGAAGCCGAUGACGAGAUGGAGAACGACGAACUUCCUACUCAUAAGGAAUCGUCAUCUCCUAUCAAGUACAAGUAUUCUAGAAUCACUCCUACCAAAGAUGAGUUACUAAGAUCGCCCCCAAAGUGUAGGUCAUCCAAAGAUAAAUCAGCUUCUCCAAAUAGCACUAUUCCGUCGAAGCUUGGUGAAGCAGAAAAACCAUCUGCGGCUUAUUCUUCUACUACCUCAGAAUCAGAAACAGAAAUUGAUGGUCAUAAGAUAAAAACAAUAUCUAGCAAAAAAAUAUUAGAGUUAUCAAAAAAUAAGAGUUUCGAAUUUAAUGAUAGAAUCAAAGCAGAAGAAGCAAUACCGCAACCGAGCAGCGAUCCUGUAGAGAAUCAAGAAAUCAGUGGCAUUCCAGAAAGUGGAAAAGUUGUACAAGAUGGAUCAACAGCAGAUACAGAAAACCCGGAGCCCGAGAUAUUGAAAACGGAAUCUACCAGAAUGUCUGUGGAUAUGGAAAUAGAAAAAAUGGAAGAAUCUCAAGCUAUAAUCGAACAUCAUCUAAAUGCGAGUAAUUUACCCAGUAAUGACACUAAAGAAGAAGUAAAAGUGGAAAAUCAUGUCAGCAAUCAAAUACCUGAAGCCUUGAAAUCUGAUGCACGUGAGCAAGUGGUUACGAAACCGCACAAUUUGGAGGAAAUCGCUUCUGAAGCCAUGACUGCCACUGAGUCAUCAUCCAAUAAAAUUCAACCAGACGCUGGUACAACUAAACCAAACUUGAUUCAACCCCCGAUAACACAGACAACACUUGGCACUGAGAACCGAAUCUCAUCCGAUGCUGUGGUGAGUAGGAGUAGCGACAAUCAAAGCGUUAUUAAAACUCCAGAAAAAUUGACAUCAGAAGCCACGCCUGCCAAUAUGCACCCUACUACUACAACACCGAGUUCAACAACAUGCUCUUCGGUCAUUGAUAGAAUUACAAGUGAUUGCGACAAUGUAAAGCACUUGCCAACCCAACCCGCUUCCAUUAAUACAUCGACCACAGAAAGCAACCCACCAAUUAUCACAAGUUUAGCAGUAUCACAAAGUCCUGCGGUUAUCAAAGCUGCCCCUGUUUUGCCGCAUUCAGUGGCAGUGCCCACAAUGAACCUGCCACCAUCCACUCAGCCAAUCUAUACACCUGCGUUUGAGCCUCCGGCGGAAAAAAAGCCGUUGACAACAGUAGUUGCAAAUAACACAGAUAAUCAUAAAUCUUUAAGAUUGGACCCGUCUGUACCAACACCGAAACCAAUUUCAUCUGUUCCGCAACAACCAAAAUCACUCAAUCCAGCAGCUGAAUCUAGAGAUGAAAAAUCGAACUUAAAACCUACCUCAUGUCAAUUAAAACCAAGUCCUGAGAAGCAGCCGGUCAUCUAUAAAGAGCAUAUGGUUUCUGCCUCAUCAAUAGAAGCAAAAUCGGUUAUAGAAAAACCGCCACAUAAAGAUGUAAAAAUGUCUCAGCACAUGGACGCAAGAGAAUCAUCUAUGAAACACAAGGAAGAUCAUAAGCCGGUUCCGAAGCAAGAUCAUUCUAGAACUGAGAGAAGUAAGCAAGAAAAAUAUGACGACAAAAGAUUUCAACAAAAGUUACCCUAUGAAGAUAAGUUGUCUUAUGAUGCGGCUCAGAAAGUUCAUAUAGAAAAUGAAGCUUUACUUGCGAGUAUGGCUUCUCAAGGAUAUAUGAACAUGAAUAUGACUGCACAAUAUCCAUGGCAGUGGGAUAGGUUUUAUGUGAAUAAGUAUUAUGAUCCAACAAAAAGGGAGUAUGCAAGUUAUGCAAUGCCUCCUUUACAGUUCCCGUUGGAUAUGAUGCCACCAGCAAAACAACCUAGUAGUUGUGAGAAAGAAAAAACCUCUAGUAAAAGUCAUAGAUACGAUUCGUCCAAAUAUAAUCAGCAGGUAGUUAGUGGUAGCGGCAGAAGUGCAAGUAACUCGAAUAAAAACGAACACAAAGAUAAGAACCAGUCGCCGAAAAAGGAGGAGAAGGUUAAACACAAAUUGGAGCAUGAAAGUAGUCGAACAGCUUCAGAACAGUAUAAAGCCAGCUGUUCCAUAGUGAACCAUGCACAGCAUCUUGAGCACAAGCAACAGUGUGAAUCUGCAAAUACGAAUUUAACUAUUCCGUCGAAAGUGGCAACCAAGCAAAAAGAUGAUAUGCAGAAAGUUGAAAACCGUGACAACAUUCAUCAGCAAGCGGCAUUAAAACAAGCACAUGCACCGAUACAACCAACUGCAGACAUGCCUUCUAUGGCCGUUUACCCUCCAGAUUCUGCUACGAACUCUGUUCAUAGUCUGUCGUAUGCUCCAUGCGAACUGGAUGUUGCCCAUAUCGGCUUGGAAUCACCUGCCUCAAUUGCAAGCGAUAUAACAUCUCAAAAUUCUGUGGACGUAGUACGUCCGUCAUCCGCUAUAUCUUCCCACUCUGGACACGGAAAUCCACAACCUCCCCUAACCAACUAUGACUGCAUGCAGCAACAAAACCUACAGGCUCAAGGAGUAACCAUACCUGCGUCAAGUCCGGGUUUGAACAGUACAAUGCAGAUCCAGCAACCUGUACCUCAACAGCCUGCUCAAACUCCCGGAAGCUCAAGUAAAAGACAAUUGCAACAGCCAAGAAGUCGGUCAAAUACGCAAUCUAGUAAGCAACAUAGUAUGAGAGCAACUCCACCGGCUGCACCGCCGCAGAGUUCCAAUAGGCAGCGGGCAACUCCGCCUGCUGGACAUCAACACCAACAUAAUAUGCAAGUGAGUUCUUCGGCCACUAAUUCCCAACAUCAGGUCAUGCAGCAGCAGCACCAACAACAACUGCAGCAACAUUUACAGCAGCAAGUUGCAGCGGCAGCGGUGCAUCAGGGAUAUUCGCAUCAAUUGGCAGCAACUGCGAUGCAUCAGCAUGCUCAUCAUGGACAUCAUUCGGUGAUCAGCCAGGCGAACUAUAUACCUGUGGCCACAACGCAAACUUUUUCGGGGCAGAGCUCAAGUUCUUACGUUAAUGUUCCAAUGACUACGGUAAUUCAACACAGAAUGGCACAACAGGGCGGAAUAAGUCCGUUAAGCACUUUGGGAUCGGGGCAUCAGAACUUGGCUGUGUCGCCUAGUUGCGCUGUAACUACAGCUAGUUUCUAUAUUCAGACUAAUCCUCAUACGCAUUCCCAUACGCCAGUACCGACAGUGCCUACGCCAUCUCCAAAUUCCUUGCAGGCAAACUCCGGCCAGCCUGCAUCAGGCAAUUCAAGUUGUAGUCUGGCAAAGUUACAGCAAAUGGUUUCUAAUAGUACAAUUCCGCCUUCUGCGUGUAAUACAAUGACGCCGCCGCCAACGUCGAUGACGCCACCAGCCCAUCAUCCACAUACAAUGACUCCACCACCAACGCAUCAAGCAAUGAUACAAAAUCAAGCAGUGCGAAACUUAACACCACCUUCGGCAAUACCGUCGAAUUUGCAACAACAAGUUCUGGGAUAUUCCAAGUACUAUCAAACGAAUAUGAAUGUUAACCAGUUGAGCGGCUCAGUGACGCCGCCGAUUGGCCAGAACAUCGGCCGAUCCGGCCGCAAUUCUGCACCAAAUGUUGCUGCCAUGCAACAUAUGCAAAGUACUUCUAGCAGAGUCAGUCCGAAUGUGUCCUUGAAUCCAUAUGUAAUGAACAAUUCCCUGAAUGGGUAUCGGAUAUCACCGCAACAGGCUCCUGGAGCGGUUACGGGAUAUAUUACGAACACUCCGGCAGGAUUUAUAAAUAAUCAGAUACCUGCUAUGCAGAUGAUGAACAUGGCCGCUCAAAGUCAGUAUCAAGACCCGGCGGCAUUGCAGAGAGCCCAGCAGAAUACUAUGUAUACAUACAAUUAUAUCAAUGGAAUAAUGAGGCGGUAAAGGAUGAAUUACAUGUUGCGAGUAUAAUGAGUAAAGUGAUAUCUUGUUGUAGGCCGUCGUUUAAAUUAUAGUUUACGUACAUGUACAGUACUUAUCCACAUAUUCGUUUGCACGAUAUAUUUAGAAACCCUUCGGACUUCUUAUUCUGAUAUCAUGCUAAUGAAGUGAAGCUUUGCAUGCAAAUCGGGGAUCGAUAAAGUUCACUGUUGUCUGUUGCUCGUGGAUAUCUCACUCUCACUGGCAUGCGGUUUCAUACCAUACAUAAUGGUGCAUAGAAUGUAUACAGGAUGAUUCAAAAUUUGAGUCAUUCCUCUGGAGCUGUUGUGAAAAAAUAGAAGGAAUGAUAAAGGCGCUCUCAAAAAUUACUUUAAGAGUAAGCCCCAGUAACCCGCUAAAUGGAAUGACAUCAAUUUUGAAUCACAAUGUAUAAUAUACUAACAACUUUCUUAUUUGAGAGAACACGGUGAUUGUUUUAAAAAAAAUGCGAUCCACAAGUCAGAUAUUAUACACCUAUCGCUGGUGCCGGAACUGAAAAUACCGAUUGUAAUCCUGUAAACGUAAAAUGACUACAUAAAUCGGUGUUUGUUUUGAACUUUUUACCUAGUUACAAUGAGUACGACACCAGUUUCUAAAUAUCUCGCUGCAAGCACUGCUUGAACCUCUGAGUAAGUCUGCCAAUAUUAAGUUUCGGCAAUUGAUGCAUUUAGUAGAUAAUUUCAAUAACAUGUUUUUAUUGCACUUCCUGACUAUUAUGCUGUUGAAUAGUGAUUCAGUUGUAUCAGAGAUAAUAACUAGUUGAUUAUUAUUAAGCUCAUGUAAAUAUUGUAAAUAAUUGAGUAAGAACUUAAUAUAUUAUUUAUUUAUCACAAAAAAGUUGUCUAAAAUUUUAAGAGCGUUUGCAAAUAUGUAGAGGAUAAAGCAUUCUAUAGUCUAGUUGGGUAUAUUAUUUUGUAUAGCACAGCGAGUAGUUUGUAUGUAAUUCUGAAAAUGGAAACAAUAGCAUUACUUUGUAAAUUUGAUAAGUUAUGCAAAAUUAAAUAAAAUGUUAGUUUUUA